AGUUACAUCUAGCACUCUCAGUACUCAGUAUACUCCCACUACUUCAUUAAGGGUCAAGGGGUAGUGGAAACAUUACCAGGUAUACUGAAUACAGGACUUUACAGUGAACUGUAUACUAUACAGACAUGUAUACAUAUCUAGGUAUACUAAGUACAGUGACGUUGUCCUGUACAACUUUUCUCUAAAAUAAAUCUAAAUAUUAAUUCUAACAGCCAUAUAUGGCUAAAUUAGAUGCAACAACACAUCCGGAUUCAGAGCUUCCGAUAAAUGAAACCGAAGCAUCUUGGAUCGCGUCUCUAAUCAAUAUAUCUCGAACAGGAGGAUCCAUUCUAAGUGCGAUCUUCGUCUAUUCGAUAGGGACUAAAUCAACUGCAUUGAUUUCUGGAAUUCCAUUAGCCAUUGGAUGGAUAUGUUUUUUCAUGGUCAAUUCAGUGACGUUAGUCUAUGUGUCCCGUAUUUUCUCUGGUAUAGGAAUAGGAAUGUAUUUUAGCUCAUUUUCGUUGUAUAUUGGAGAAAUUUCACACCCUAAUAUUCGAGGCGCAUUAGUGACUGUCAACGUCCAAGGUUUUUUAAUGGGCAACCUAUGUGGCAACAUCAUGGGAAAAUAUUUCAAAAUGUGGUUAUUUGCUGCGGUGAGUCUUGUCUUUAAUGUAAUAUUCAUAAUGUUGUUCAGUAUGAUGCCGCACACACCACACUAUUUAAUUCGUUGUAAUAAGAUGGAUAAAGCUGUUGAAUCAAUUUCUUGGUAUGAUAGAACUGCUGACGUUACAAAUGAACUUAAAGUACUUGAGCAAUUUUUAACGGUCCAUCAAUCGCAUUCAUUCUGGGAUGAAUUUCGAGCAUUAAGUAAGCCAGUUAAUCGGAAAACUUUGCUAAUGAUCAUCAUAAUUACUGUAUGUACUCAACUCGGUGGUCCAUAUGCAUUUUCUUCAUACAUGGAAAUUAUAAUGACCAAUGCAAGACUCGACAUCAUGAAACCAUCGGAUCUCAUUAUUGGUGUCAGUGUGAUCGGAAUUGUAUCAAGUUGGUUAUCUAUUUAUACAAUUGAUAGAUGGGGUAGAACUAUUAUGCUUUUAAUUUCAAGCAUUGGAGCUGCAUUUGCAAUGUUUUUGAUAGGUUUGAAUUUUCAAUUAUUAGAUCUUGACUAUAACGAUUCAAGAUUACAGUGGUUAUCAAUUACUGGUACCAUUAUGUAUCGAAUUAUGUCGAGUUUCGGUCUACUUUCAGUACCUUCGAUACUAGCUAGUGAAAUGUUCGCACCUAACGUUAAGAGUGUAGGUAGUUGUAUUAUUAAUAUAAACGUUGGGAUGUUUGCGUUCGCUGCAAGUCGGAGUUAUCAGCCAUUGGUAAGCAUUUUAACCGAAAAAUAUGUAUUUUGGAUCUAUACAUUGCUUAUGAUCGUCACUGGAGUCUAUACAAUAGCUUUUGUUCCUGAAACGAAAGAUAAAACUCUUGCCGAAAUACAUGAAAUGUUAUUUUCUGGAAAAAAAAAAAAAGAAAAAGUAAAAAGAUGUAACAUCAAUGAUUCUGUUCUUGAAUGAUUGAGCUAUACAGUCAAAUGAUUUACUGAAAUAUUGUGUCUCAAAUGAUCUAUAAUAAAAUUUCUAAACCAAAAAAAAAAC